AUGGAGGAAGGAUUUCCAUUCAAUGUAGUGCUCUUAAACGUCUUGUUUUCGGUGCUGUCUCUGCUGUUUUUCCUGGCGGACGUGGUGCUGGACCUGUGGGCCGUAGAGUGCCUUUAUGAAGAAAGGAAAUACUUCUCCAUGGGAUUGUUGAUAUUUCUUCUGCUCGGUUCCUCGGUUGUCCUGCAUAUCUUCAGCUGGCUCUGGUACUCCGAUUCCUCCAUAACCCUGGAGACCAAAGUGGAGAGAUUCGUCAGGAGACACGGUUUACUGGCUCUGGUGCACAUCUGCCAGCUUGGAGUCUUCCUCAGGUUUGCAGCCGUAAUGGAGAUCUCAGUCUGCAGAUUAAAACAGAGCGACCUUUUCAUAAAGGGGGUCACCAAGUACAUGACUCAUGACCUCAGCAUGUUGCGUCUGUUCGAGGCGUUCUCCGAAAGCGCUCCACAGAUCGUCCUGAUGACGGAUCUCAUCAUGGAGAUGCCGGAGCUGCAGUCCUUCACAGUCCUUAAAAUCAUCGGCUCUCUUUCCGGCCUCACCUUCACCAUGUUGUCCUACCAUCACAGCAUGCGUGCAUUCGUCCCUGAGACGCAAAAGAUGGGAUGGUCUUCCUCUGUAAUCUACUUCCUGUGGAACCUGUUCCUGAUUGGCCCACGUGUGGUGUGUGUGUCCCUCUUCGCCUCCGUCCUGCCCUGCCUCAUCGCCGCACACUUCCUGUCCCUGUGGACGCUGCUGGUCCUCUGGGCCUGGUGGCAGAAGACGGACUUCAUGGACACUAAAGCUGGAGAAUGGCUGUACCGGGCCACCGUAGCCCUCAUCUGGUACUUCAGCUGGUUUAAUGUAGCGGAAGGAAAUACGAAACUCAGAGGAAUCAUCUACCACAUGGUUAUAGGGGUGGACACGAUGCUCCUGUUAGGAUUAUGGUGGUGGAGGAGAUCUGUGGAAUCAGCUCGUCUUGGUCCACUACCUAUUAAUCCCUACCUACUUAUUGUCAUGUUAAUCAUCAUCUACAUUAUAGGAGUCCUACUGAAACUGGUUUAUUACUGGAAGUUUCAUCCUAAACAACCAGACUUACAGAUGACACCAGAAGGGGAUGCAGAACGUUUUGGUAUUGAGACGGACAUGAUUGAGGACCUUGAAUCUGCCUGUGCCUCGGCACGUGAGCCAACUCGACAACUCGGAACUGGCAUUCACAAGAGGAUAAGAAACAUGGCUGUGAGUUUCUACAGCUAAACUGGAUUUGAGAUCAUGAAAAUGUACAGAAUGUCGGCUAUAUAACAUACAACAUGGCAUUCCAUCUCUAUUUUCCAACUGUACCGCUGUUAAAUCCCAGAUUCGUUGUGAAGUGUAUGAAAUGAUGCAUGUGAACACUCUUUCUGUAAUUUUCUUGUUGUACGUGGGAAAUGUACAGGACUGUGCAAAGGUUUUAUGCACAUGCAAAGAUGCCU